AUGAAGACAGCCACAGUCUUGUUUCUGGUGGCGCUGAUCGCUGUGGGGAUGAACAUUACCUGUGCUCUCUCUUCUCCCAAAAAAUUAGAAAAACCUGGAGCUUGUCCCAAGAUUUCCCCAAUAGGUGUUAGCAAUUGUGUUGAUAAAUGCUCAGGAGAUCAAUCGUGUCCUGGCAAAAUGAAGUGCUGCCCCAGUAACUGUGGUCAUAUCUGCGUGCCUCCUGUUUUUAAAUCCUAUGUUCUUUGUCCACUGACUGCAAACAAGUGGCUGGAUGUGUGCAAGAGAAAGGAACUGAAAGAAGACGGAAGAAGGACAGCAGGUUACAUGACCUGUGUCCUCUACUUUGCAAAGACAGGUCCACCAUGA